CCUGUGUGCCUAAAUUCACAUUAAGCCCAUAUGAAAAUGAGCAGAAAGAGCAGGAAGCAAAAGGGGAACUAAGCGGAGUCAAAUCCUCUCAAAGGGUGGGGUUUAUUUCUCUGCCGUGUGUCACAGCCAAGUUACAGUGCCGUUCUCUCACAGCCUCUUUCAGCUUGUACAUCCACAUCACCUCUCUACAAACAGGCAUCACCAUUGCAUUUAGCUGGCAGAGACGUGCUUCGGGGCGGAGAGAGAGCAAAGGUAAACAGGCGGAGGCACCAUGUCGGAGAGUAACCUGGAGGAGAUCUUCAUCAAACGAUCGCAACAGAAGAAAAAGACAUCUCCGCUAAACUACAAAGAGAGGUUAUUCGUCCUCUCCGAAAACAAGAUCAGCUACUUUGACUACGACCCUGAGAAAAAGAAAAAGAAGGCAUUGAAGGGCUCCGUUGACCUUGAGAAGAUCAAGUGUGUGGAGACCGUGUUCCCCGAUGACAGCGCCCCCUCUGAACGACAAUUCCCCUUUCAGAUCAUCUAUGAUGAAGGACCCCUCUACAUUUUCGCCAAGUCCGACGAGAUCCGCAAAAAAUGGAUCCACAGGAUACGGCAUGUUGUGAGGUUCAACAAGGACCUGAUGCAAAAGUACCACCCAUGCUUCUGGGAAGACGGCGUGUGGAAAUGCUGCCAGCAGGUGGUCAAGCAAGCCAUGGGGUGCCGAGUGCUGGAGACCAGGAACGGCGGAUUCAAACAAUCACAUCGGAAAUCCCGAAAACCUCUACCACCCACCCCAGAGGAGGACAAGCCCUGCAGGCCGCUGCCUCCACAGCCUCCGCCGCAGCAACAGGGCCCCGGUCCGGGCAGCACGGUGAUCGCCGAGUACCCCUACGUCCCCCAGGGCCCCCAGGACCUGGAGCUGCGCAAGGACGAGGAGUACACCAUCCUGGAGAUGGGCGACGCCAACUGGUGGAGGGCCAAAGACAAAUAUGGGAGGGAAGGAUACAUUCCAAGUAACUAUGUCACAGAGGCAAUGAAUGGACUGGAGAGGUUUGAAUGGUACUGCAAAAACAUGAACAGAAGCCAGGCUGAGCAGCUACUGAAGACCGAGAACAAGGAUGGCGGCUUCUUGGUUCGUGACUCGAGCAAAGCUGGGAAGUACACAGUUUCUGUCUUCUCAAAAGUUAGCGGGGAGACUACAGGCAUCUGCAAACACUACAACAUCUGCACCACUUCACAAGGGCAGUUCUACCUGGCCCAGUUACACAACUUCACCUCCAUUCCAGAACUCAUCAACUACCAUCAGCACAACUCAGCAGGGUUAGUAAGUAGAUUGAAGUAUAUAAUGUCCAAUCGAGCAGACAGUGCGCCAUCCCCCUUUGGCCUUGGCUAUGGUGUUUGGGAGAUUGACCCCACUCAUCUAACCUUCAUAAAGGAACUAGGUUGUGGUCAGUUUGGGGUGGUGAAGUACGGCAAGUGGCAAGGCCAGCACGACGUAGCGAUUAAAAUGAUCAAAGAGGGAUCCAUGUCUGAGGAUGACUUCAUCGAGGAGGCCAAGGUCAUGAUGAAGCUGCGCCAUCAAAACCUGGUUCAGCUCUAUGGCGUUUGCACAAAACAGAAGCCCAUUUACAUUGUCACAGAGUUCCUGUCAAACGGAUGUUUGCUGACCUACCUGCGGGACACCCUUAACAAUCCGACUGCCAUCCAUUUACUGGAGAUGUGCAAGGACGUGACUGAGGGGAUGGCCUAUCUAGAGUCUCAGCAGUUCAUCCACAGAGAUCUUGCUGCAAGGAACUGCUUGGUAGCUGCCAAUGGAACCAUCAAAGUGACUGACUUUGGUCUGUCAAGGUACGUGCUGGAUGAUGAGUACACCAGUUCUGCUGGAACCAAGUUCCCUGUGCGCUGGUCUCCACCUGAAGUUCUGCUGUAUUGCAAAUUCAGCAGCAAGUCUGAUAUAUGGGCAUAUGGUGUCUUGAUGUGGGAAAUCUACACCUUGGGGAAAAUGCCCUACGAACGGCUGAAUAACUCAGAGAUUGUGGACAAGGUGUCGACUGGCCUUCGCCUCUACCGCCCCCAACUGGCCAAUGAGAGAGUCUACUCCAUCAUGAGCAUCUGCUGGAGAGACAAACCAGAGGACCGGCCAACCUUCAUCGAGCUGGUGUCGAAUGUUCAAGACUUGCUGUACGAGAUGCAGUAGUUGAGGAUGUACCAAUCAACAGUGGUGUCAAUCUCGUCCGUGUCCAGAAAGUGAAAACCGUGCCACGAAUUUGAUCCAACCAGCUCUAAAUCAGCUGAUUAUUGUGCACACAAGACAGGUAGACCAACAACUUAUUGAAGUCACCUGUGUUGCAAGGAAACUGUGGCAGGGUUUUUACUUUCUGGACCUGGAGUUGACACCUCUGCCAAUAAAUAACAACGCUGUUCCAGUCUACCAUACCCCCAACGAGGAAGAAGAGGCACUGAGGAAGACUGUCACCAUGGGAGCAAGCUAUACGGAUGAGGGCUGGCUUUACAGAAUCAGAGACACUUUUACUGUGAAGACCAGAGUGUGAUGUACAGACCAUCGAUUGUAUAAUGUAGCCAAACCCUCCCGUCUUUUCCUGGAAGGCAAAAUACUGUGAAUACCCAAAUGUGUGUUUACUAGCAAAUUUUUAUCACCAAUUUAUAUCUGCAACAAUAUGGUCAAUAAUUGUAAGGUUUUGUUAUUGAGAAUAUGGGCCUAAAUGUAUUAUUAUUAUUAUUACUAUUAUUACUGUUAUUAUUAUUAUUGUUAUUAUUAUUAUUAUUAUUAUUAUUAUGAAGCCACUGAUUGGGAGUUAUUAGGCUACUGAGUUGUAUAUUAUUCUUGGGACUUAAAUAAAAAUAAUAAUAAGCUAGAGCUUUAAUGUAUUGGUUUUGGCAGGAUAAGUUGGGCUAAAAUUCAGACCAAAUAGCUUGGAAAGUUAACUUCAAUAGUGUCUU